GACGGGGCUUCCGGGUGGUGGCGGAGGCAUGGAGUCGGCGGCGGGGGGAGGCGGAGGCGGCUUCCGUGCCAGCGGAGUGAUCCCCACUCAUGCCCCCUUGGUGACUCUGCUGCCAUCCCGCAGAGCACCAGCACUCCCGCUACAACCCACUGCGGGAUGAGUGGGUGCUGGUGUCCGCGCACCGCGUGAAGCGGCCCUGGCAGGGACAGCUGGAGAAGCCCCCACCCGAGGACGUGCCCCGCUGGGACCCCAAGAACCCUCUGUGCCCUGGGGCCACCCGGGCCAAUGGCGAGACCCCAUUUCUCACCCCUACAGGUGAACCCCCACUACGACGGCACCUUUGUCUUCCCCAAUGACUUCCCCGCAUUGCAGCCUGAUGCCCCUGAGCCUGAUGACAGUGGCCACCCCCUGUUCCGAGCAGCAGCUGCCCGGGGUGUGUGCAAGGUGAUGUGCUUCCACCCGCACUCUGACCUGACGCUGCCCCUCAUGUCGCUGCUGGAGAUUCGGGCGGUGAUUGAUGCGUGGGCAGAGCUGGAGGCAGAGCUGGGGGCCUCCUACCCUUGGGUGCAGAUCUUCGAGAACAAAGGGGCGAUGAUGGGCUGCUCCAACCCACACCCGCACUGCCAGGUGUGGGCCAGCAGCUUCCUCCCCAACGAGGCACGCUUGGAGGAGCGGACGCAGCGACAGCACCACAGCCAGCACGGCGUGCCCAUGCUGCUGGAGUAUGCUGAGCAGGAGGCUCAGCGUAAGGAGCGGCUGGUGGUGGAGAACGAGGACUGGCUGGUGGUUGUGCCCUACUGGGCCACUUGGCCCUUCCAGACCCUGCUCCUGCCCCGCCGCCACGUCCUCCGCCUGCGGGACCUGUGUGACAGCGAGAGGGACAGCCUGGCCUCCAUCAUGCGGCGGCUGCUGAUCAAGUAUGACAACCUCUUCCAAGUCUCCUUCCCCUACUCCAUGGGCUGGCAUGGAGCCCCCACGGGCCCCCACCUGCGGGAGGACUGUGGGCACUGGCAGCUCCAUGCCCAUUACUACCCACCGUUGCUCCGCUCCGCCACCGUCCGCAAGUUCAUGGUGGGCUACGAGAUGCUGGCACAGGCACAGCGGGACCUCACCCCUGAGCAGGCUGCAGAGCGGCUGAGAGCCCUCCCGGAGGUGCACUACAAGCUGAGGCCUCAGGAGCCGGUGUGUGGUGCUGCCCAGGUCUUACUGGUGGAACCGGGAGCGGUGCUCAAUAAACCCACAAGCAAAGUGCCUCUGACUGUGCCCUGCUGGCUUCUGGCCCAUUAGGAGGAGCCCCAGCUGCUGGGAGGGGAGGUAACCUGGGGGCUGCAGGGGAUGUGCUGCUCGCUGCUGUCUCUGCAUUGCCUCCUCGUCCUCCCUGGGGGGAGCUCUGAGCCUGCCUGAGCUGCAGUGCAGGCUGAGGAGGAGCGGGAGGCAGGAGGCUGCCCCAGGUGCAUCCAUCUCCUAGGCAGGGCUGAAGGCUGGCAAACUCACUGCUCCUCUUCCUUCUCAGCAUCUGGGGACACAGCCCUCAUCCUGCCUGCCUGGGUACUUGGAUGCUGCGUAGGGUGCAGCGUGGGGCUGGAUGCAGCAUCUGGGCUGGGAGAUGUGGCAGGCAGCUCCACGAUCUGCUCCCCCCUGCAGCCCCAUCCCCUCUGUGAUGCCCCACAGCUGAUUCAGGGAUUUGUCCUGUGGGGAUGCCCACAGCCAUGGAGCACCAUCUGCCACCACAUGCUCAUGCAAUUCUAUUUUAAUUGUCACCAAAGAGCCAUUCUCAUAACUCCCUAAUGAGGCCCAUAGCGUUUUGAAGUCUGAAAGUGGUCCCCUGGGGGCCAGAAAUCUCUUGCAAGCAGGGAGAUUCUUCUCUGCAGGACUGAUCUGCUACCUCCAAGACGGUGUCUUGUGGGAAGUACCACGUGUCCCUGUCUAUGCAUUGUUCCCACAUCCCUGCCUGUGGGAGGCUGGAUGUUGCCUCCAUCCUCCCUGUGAUAUCCCCAUCCUCCUCCUGAUAUUGUCAUCCCCUACAGUGUCCCCAUCCUCACCCCCUCUGUCCCCGUCCCCUCCAACAUCCUGCCCCUGAAGUCCCCAUUGCAGAGCCAGUGAGAUGUCCCUACCAUUAUUCCACUUGUGUCCCCCAUGCCCAGCAGGUCCCAGAAUUUCUGGGAGGAGGUGGUGGAUGGCAGCGUGUUGGAGUGAUGACCACCACCACUGCAGCCCCCUGCUCCCCUUCCUCCUAGCAACAAGUGCACGCUCACAGCAAUCAUAGACCCUGCCCAGCUCUUCCCCAGGGCCCUGGAAAAACGGCAACGGAUUUGCUUAAAUGUGGGAAUCUAGAUUGGGGUAAUUAGCCGCUGAACCGGUUGUAACGAGGCUCGUCAUCCCCCUGCACGCGCAGUUAGCUCUGAUUUAAUAGCCCACCGGCUCUCAGCCCGGGCCGCUGUGCGUCAGCCCGGGGCCGUAAAUGAAACUUGCAGUAAGUCAAGCGGUAUUAAACUUUACAGUCACUGUCUUUAAAAACGAGACUCUUUCUCUAAUAAAUCAGAGCAAGUGGGAUUGUAAAUAUCAGGGCAGGAUCUGUAUUGCUUAAUUAAACAGAACCUAAUGAACA